UCUCAGAUGGCCACUCUCUACAUCAUCGUCGCUCUCUCUCUCCUCUCAAUCUCCCAAACCACCGCCGUUAACGACCUCGAAUUUCUCUUCCCCUCCACCACCACUACCCAUUCACCACCUCAGCAACCGCCACAGCCUCCACUAGACCUUACCGACCAGGCAUCGUUUUUCUCACACACGGCUCUCCUCGCACCGAUCCUCUCUCACCUUGGCUUCAAUGAGCUAGCCACGGCGUCUCCCUCUCUCUCCAUCAAUGCGGAUGCCUCCUCAGCAUCCACUACUUGGUCCGGUCCCUCCACACUCUUUGCUGCCUCCGAUUCCUCACUCCGCACGUGCAUCUCAUGCUCCAUUCCCUCGCUCCUCCGCGAACACCUAAUCCCUGGCCUCUUCACCGCCGACUAUCUCCGCAAACUCGCCUUCGGAACCAAAAUAGAAACCCUAUCCCCCGGCCGCUGCAUCACGGUCACUUCAACCAAACAGCAGAACGACACCGUUUCCAAACUCUUCGUGUCCGGCGUUGAGAUCACUCAUCCGGACCUCUUCAAUAACGGCCUCGUGAUAGUUCACGGCAUCCAAGGCUACAUCUCGCCUCUCUCGCCAUUAUCCUGUGACGUGGAACGGAUGACGUCGCUCUCGUUCCAGAAUAAUCAUUACCAUCAGAACCAGAUGAUCAACGACAACCACGUGUUUCAGAACCAGCCGUCGAUCAUGCGGUGGAUGUUACGCGAUGCGAUGCUCCGCCUCCGCAACAACGGCUUCAGCAUUCUCUCGCUGGCCUUCAAGGUGAAGUAUGCAGAGCUCGUCAUGCUCAACAACAUGACCGUGUUCGCUCUUGAUGACGUGGCGAUUUUCUCUGGAUCUUACACGUAUAUCAGUAAUAUCCGAUUUCACAUCGUGCCGAAUCAUUAUUUAACCGUUGGUGAGCUCGAGAAGUUGCCAGUGGGGACAACGUUGCCGACUCUGGUGAGAGGUGAGUCCCUGGUAAUCACAACUGCCGGAGACGGUGUCGGAGUUACGGCAGCUCCUUUGAGGAUUAACUACGUGAGAGUGAGAGUUCCUGAUGUGAUACGAAACUUGAAGAUCAUAAUCCACAGUGUUUUCUUGCCGUUCCCGCAUCUCCAUCAUAAGGCAGACUUGUACGAUCAUGUGGCGAUGGGAACCAGUGGCUUUGGAGCAUCAGACGGUGGAGAUCAUUUCGGUGAGGGUGCAUGCUCGGCGACGGAGGAGCAGGAAGGAGGUUGUGGUAUGGCUCCGCCAGUUUCCAAGAUCGAUAAUAAGAAACCAACGGUUGAGAUCGAAGAUCACCAUAUGUUGUGAUGACGACAUAUCGUUUUACUGCUUAGUCAGCGUGUUAGUCAACUGUUGACUCUUGAGUCAGGAGAGGGUGACGAGCCCUAACUGUACUGCUGCUUGUACGGUCUUUUGCUAAUGGCUCUCAAUGUUUUUAUGAAUAAAAUCUGUAGUUUGAUGUGCUUCAUUAUGGUAAUAUUUUUU